AUGAGAGGGUUCAAGAUGUGUGGUAGAGAAAUAUUGGGACUAGAUGGAUGUUUUAUGAAAGGUCCAUUUCCUGGACAGAUUCUUACUGCAGUUGGUGUAGACGACAACAACGGUAUAUAUCCUGUAGCAUAUGCUUUAGUGGAGGCUGAAACUUUUAAAUCUUGGGAAUGGUUUUUGGAAUUACUCAAAGAUGAUCUUGGCUUAGUAGACAGUACCAACUUCACUUUCAUCUCAGAUAGGCAAAAGGGACUACUACCUGCAUUAUCCAAAGUGUUCCCAGACUCUGAACACAGGUUCUGUUUAAGACAUAUCCACCAGAAUCUGAAGAAGGAUUGGCCUGGUGAUGUGUACAAAAACUUGUUGUAUGGAGUAGCAUGCAAGACAUCAAUGCCAUAUUUUGAAAAGGCAAUGGAAGAAAUGAAGAUUGCAAAGCCUGGUUUCCAUGAAAAGCUAUCAAAUAUCCCAGCAAGCAGUUGGCAGUUGAUAGGAGCCAGAGACAAACCUGUAAUCACAUGUUUAGAGUUCAUAAGAGUGUACAUGACCAAAAGAAUUGUGAAUCUAAAAAAGAUUCAAGCUAAAGCUCAUGGUCCAUUAACUCCUCAUGCUCAAGAAGUGUUUAAUAAGAUCAAAGAAGAAGCCUCACAACUCAAUGUUUUAAUGGUGGAUGCAGUACAGUACCAGGUGAAUUGCUCAAGAUCCCAGUGUGUUGUUAAUAUGAAGAACAGAACAUGCACCUGCAGAAAGUGGGAUUUAACUAGCAUGCCAUGUAAACAUGCAAUGGCUGCUAUCAAUGAUAUGGCCAGGAAUGAUAUUAGCAUAGGGGUGCCAGAAGAAUUGGUUGAUGAAGUGUAUUGGUUAUCCACAUGGAAGAAGGUUUAUGAGAAUGUGAUUAAUCCAAUUCCCGGGCCUGAGAAUUGGAUACCCUCACAAUGUCCCACCAAACUUCUGCCUCCCAAACACCAUAAGCAGGUUGGGAGGCCACAAAAGAAGAGAAAGAAAUCAGUUGGUGAGGCUGAAGUUGAAGAUCAUUUUGAUAGUGAGGGAAAAAUGACCAGGAAGGGCAAUAUAACCAAGUGCAGCAAGUGCGGAAAUUUGGGACACAACAGUAGGACAUGCAAGGGGCAGGGUGGGGAGAAUGUUGUACAUGCACCAAGUGAGGAUCAAGUUGCAGGUGGAGAAAACAAAACCAGGAAGGGCAAGUGUAGCAAGUGUGGAACCUUGGGUCACAAUAGUAGGACAUGCAAGGGCCAGGGAGGGGAGAAUGUUCAAGAAUCUCAAACUGCAACACAAGGUGCACCAACUUCGAGUGAAGCUUAG